UUUUUCCUCUAACCAUUUGAAGUGUUGCUUCAGACUUUUCUUUGACUGCUCCGCACUAAAUGUCACCUGAAAAUUUUUCUCCAAAUGGGAAUUAAAGCCCAUCAUAGCCAGUGUGGGUGAUGGCAGAAAGAGAGGAUCAGCAAGCUUUGCUUGUGUACAAGCAUCUCCAAGAUUAAGACAACAUCAUCAUCAAAGUCAUAUUAGGAAUUAAUACUAAAUUCAAAUGUUCAAGAAAGAUAACUCUGCAAAACCUAUGGCAACUUGAAUAAAUUCAAUUUUAAAUGGACAUUUUUAAAAAUAAAAUGGAGAGGGGGAGGGGUGUUAUGACACAUAACACAUUAUAACUUAUUAGAUCAUGCCACACCGAGAGGACUUCAUCAGAUCUAAUCAAAUACUGCCAGUCAACCUUACCGUCCAAUGUCUCUGAUAUAAAUCAUACAAAGUCCAACAACUCAACAACAAAAAAAUCUAACAGCUUCAGAUAUGUCGGACACUUUGGUCCAUUGACAAUUUAGACCAUAUGAUUCGGACAAAAAAUUUAUGGGGAUUAUUCUCAAUUUGUAAAAUAAAUUGAUUCUCUGUCAAUUCAGCUUUUUUUUCAACUUAGACAAUAUCCCAAAUAAAUCAGUCCCAUUUGAAGUUCUUUUUUUUUCUCUGUACAGAACUUUCAAAGAAAUACAAAUAACGACUAUAUUCUAAUACUUAUAAAGUGCUUUUCGUGUGUAUUGUGCAUUAAAUCCAAUACAUUAUGGUUUAUAUGGACCCCAAAUAUCAAAUUAACAAUUCUGAAAGUUUUAAACAUUUCAAUUAUUAAAUUUAAAACAUAAUUUAUAUUCUAUUAUCAGUCAAUAUAUACUGGCAUACUGCAGCAUCACAUUUCCUUCACUUUGAUAUUUGUUUAUAGUACAAUCUGUGACUGUAAUAGCUUAAUUACAAAAUUGUCAAUUUUCUAACAAUCAACACUUCAGUAAUCAGUUAAUUUAAAUUACAUGAAAUAAUUAGUGAUAAGUGGGUUUUUUUCAGUAACCAUAUUUAAGCAUAUGAAUGUACACAAAUGUUUGGGAUAUCUUAUUCAUCUAAUCAAAAACUAAAUAAAUAACAAUUUAAAUUUAUCUGACAGGUAUAUCAAAAUCAUAGCCGAUUCAAAUAGUUUGCGAAGGAUUUGUCAAUGGGCCAAAUCAUCGUUUGCAGCAAGUCUUCCAAAAAUUUCAGCAGGAUGUCUACAUGGGCCAAACUGGCUGAAUUGUUCCAGCUACAAUUAAUAUACAGUACUUAAAAUUAUUUAAGUUCAAUAUUUUUAAACAUUCAGAAUUUUAAUUACCUGGUGUUUGGCCUCCAGCAGUGAAUUCAUGGACUCUGACAGUUGUUGUUGCUGUGAAUGAGCAUUGUCCAUGAUAUCAACAACAUUUUGAAUCAACUGCUGGGUCAUCUUUAUGUGAAACAGACAAGUACCUGCAAUCCACCUAAAAAUCUAAAUUGUAAAAAUGUUUAUGACAUUUGGCAUUCUUUCAAAAUAUUUAUUAAAAAUCACAAUGAACAGAUAUCAACAUAAAAGACUGUCUGCAAUGUAAAGAGAAUGUGUUACAUACUGAAUACAGGCAUGUCUACUGCUAAUUCAAUAUCACUCAACAAGUACUUCAUGCUCGUCAAUCCUGAUCCUUCAAUUCCAUGAACAGUUGAGAGCAGAGAUUUUAUUUAAAAAUUUCCUAAGAACAUUUUCGGAAUACUUCUAAGUGUUAUUGUAAAAAAUGUAUGUGUUUGCUAUAAAAUUUAUGCCUACGAUUUGAUAUCAACCAACAAAUUUUGAUUUGCCUACCUCUUCCUCUGUUGACUAUGGAGGCUGCCAUUAAUCUCGUUUUCGCCGGGACUGCGUGCGAGAUUUCAUUUCCUGGUUUAGUUAGCCUUGAGUGAUAAACAAAGAAAAUAUGCAAAUGAGACUAGUACAACCAUCAGUCCGUGAAGUGAAUUGGAGGUCAUGCUACCAGAUGUCGAUAAUCUAAGACUAAAUUUAAUGACCAUGAGGCAAUAUCCAAAUAAAGCUCUUUGUGUAGUGACAGACAAGCCACAAUAAUCAUGGGGAAAUCAAAACUCCUGGUUUUUAAAUGUCUUUAUUAACAGACAGCAUAAAAUGCUAGUCUUGGGAUUUCUUUACCAGUGUCAAAUUCUGAUCCUUAAACAUGGAGAAAGAUUUUAGUGGGACAGACUGAGGACAGCUCUCUUUUGGAAAAGGUGAAUAACUUGGAUCACUGUAAAGAUUAUUGAUAAAGUGAUCCAGUUUUAUUUGGAAGAUAAAAAACAUUGAUAUAUUUCAAGGAGAUUGACUAUUCUUAUCUGGGUAUUAAAAUAUGUGGGAGUUAUAUUGAAAAUCAUUUUCUUGGGCUUGGAUGUAUGGGGAAUGGCGAGCGGCAGCCGUGAGAGAAGCAGACCGAUAGUGUGGAAUCCCGACAAACGAACGGCACCACAACCUCCCCAGGAUAACUCGGGCACUAGCACAGGAAGUGGAGCCACCACUGCAGUCACAACAGGUGGUGCCAUUAACUCUGGGGUUGAUAUCGCACAGGAGGACCCAGGGAGACGACACGUGCACUACCAGUCAAAUUUUGUUGACAACCGCAAUUGGGUGCAUAACAGUCGUAAUUUGCAUAGUUGUAUAAACAUGGAUCAAAACAAUGAAGAUAGUGACAGUCGUGCGCCAGCCAUAGGCAAUUAUAAUUCUAAUUUACAUGAAUCAGUAGGACAAACUAGUGGCACCCCCAGCCAAUCAAAUAUCACUGCUAACAACAUUUCCUCGGCAGAAAGACAUGAAGUUGUAGGGGAGAUGAAUGUAGGAACUGAACCCUUUGUACACAUAGAUACAUCACAGCAGGCAGUCAACAACGAAAACAUGGCCCCGGGACAUUCAAUACAAACUCAGGAUAUAGACAUUGGAGUGACUGCAACCAGGCAAGAGAUGCGACACGACCCUCUACCCGACCUUCUUCACUCUCACGUCAUUCCUUCACACAGUUCCUCCCCACCCUGGCAGACUGGACAGUCCCACCCAGGGGUCCAGGAAUCCCGGGGUUACAGUCAUCAUCCCCACCACCACCGCCACCACUCACGGCACCACCACAGAUCUGGCCACCGCUCACACCAUGGUCGGCGGCGGCACCGGUCACGUAGCUCUUCCUCCACAGAACCGGAACCCUGCAAGGCGGGGUGUCUAUCGUGUUUAGCUGCCAGCACUUCUUUCCGAUGGAUUCUUGUGAUUCUCUCUUUGUUAGGUGUGUGUUGUGUUGUGACUGGGAUUGUAUUGGCGGCCCUUCAUGCCACGGGGAACAGUUUUCUUUUCCUUGCCAUUAUGUUUAUAGGUCUGGGUGUGCUGUUGGUUGUCGUGGUUGCAGUGGGGUGGAAAUGUACACCUAGAGGUCAUGAACCCCUCCAUGCCUUGUUUGGUCUUGGAGACUUCAGGCACCAUCAUGAGCGGAGGUCAAGGUCACGUCGUCAUGGUCGGCCAUCCAGAACCAGAGAGCAUCAGUGGCAUGGAGGAAUGAUGUACCCAGAAUUUCAGUACCGCCGCCCCCCUCCCUCAUACAAUGCCUCAAUGCAGGACUUCCAGCAUCAGCUGGCUUUGGCACAGAGUCAGCGGGAGGAGUUCCAUGCCACAGAGGAGCUCCCUGCGGAGGAUUACAGCUUACCCAGCUCCCCCCCUCCCUCCUACAGGUCACGCGCCAGCACCGUUAGGACAGGGAUACAAAUCACAUUCCCUCCCAACCAGGGAGACAACUCUCGACCCCCAACCUACAGGUCACAUGCCAGCACUCAAGGUCAUGCAGCUCAUCAAAGACCAUCCUUACCUGAAGAUUAUAUUCAACAGGGAAGUGACAUAGCUUUUACUGGACAGUAUAAUUCACAGCAGCAUUCUCGGAACAGUAGUGCUGGGAAUUUCCGUAUACAUUCCCGAGACAACAGUUCCACAGACAGAAAUGGUAUCUCCACUGUAGUGGAGCCACAAGGUGGAGGCACUGUGGCGGUGAGUGUUAGUGUAGUGCAAAGUUCAUCCCAGGAUCAACUUUUGGACAGUGCUGUACAACAGACUCUUCAGACAUUGGAUGCCGUGACAGGAGAAGAUAAUCCCGCACAGGAAAUAUCUGAGGACGAGUAUCCAAUGGAGACACCGCUAUGAUGAAAGGAACUUUAGAAAUGACAGUGUGAUUUUUUUUAGGAUAGAUGCAAUAAUUCUGCUUUUGUAUUUUGUAUAAUCAAACAAAGACAAUAAUUUAAUCAUUCCAUGUGAGACAUGAUUCCAGUGACUUUUGUAUUGAAUAUUUAUAUAUUGUGUUGUGUGGAGUCAAUUUUAUAUCGGAAGUAUUUUUAGUUACUCAUAACAAUUUUAUUUGUGUGAAACUUUAAAAUUUUGGGCAUUUGAAUAAGAUUGUGUGAAGAGUUUAUGUAUUAUAUUUAUUAUUUUAUGCAGCAUGUUAACAUUUUCAAUUAUCAACACAGUGCAAUCAAUCUUUCCUUAGAAGAAAUGUUUUAUUAUGACAUUUUUUAAGGAAUUUUUGUGUAUUGGCAAGAAAAUAGCAGUCAGUAUGACUCAGAUUCACAAUAUCUUCAAAACAUUCCAUGGAGGGGAGAUAACUCGUACUGAACGUUAAGAUUCUCUAUAUUACUCAUCUCAUGUAAUGACCAAGACGUCAUGAUAUAUCCGUGCCAAAUGUUUGUCAUUUAUGUUCUUGCCUCCAACAAUGUCCAUUAAAUCGCAGAAAUUUUCAUCUGAACAUAUCCACCGUGUCUGUAUAGAUACUGUACAUUCCGCGUAUCUUCAUUUACUGGGUAGGUCCUGUUACGCAGUGAACUUAAAAUUCCAUGUGCUUGUAUAUCUUUAGUUAGAAACAAUCAUUUUUACAGUCUUUUGCAUGCCAUAUACAGUGUUUGUGUUAUCUGGAUGGAGUUUGAUCUUGAACAUUGAAAAGCGAUAAGUUACCGAAGAUAUGCUACAUAAAAGUACAGAAUAUUCAAUACAUCAUGAAGUAUAAAAUUGUUAUUUAUUGACAGAAUAUUCAAUACAGCAUGAAGUAUAAAUAAUGUGUUAUUUAUUGAAAAGAUGUUAAGAUUUGUGCAUAAUCUUUUUUUUUUAAAAUUCAGAAUGGAUAUUAAAACUUAAAAGUUUGUCAUAUAAUUUUCUGUAGAACAGAAUCUAAUUGCUGGAAACUGAAACUUUUAAUAUUGCUGAACAAUGUAAUUUUAUUUGAAUUAUGAUACGUAUUUAAGGAGGUACUCUACAUCGUCAUAAUGGCUGACUUCCUUUUAGAACAUGGACAUAUGAUGGAGGAAAAUAUAAAAAUCAGCAAUAUUUGCCUAUUCAUUUAAAAUUUCAUCGCCUAGUUGAGUAGCUAAAUAGGUUAGCACGUUGAUUACUGAACUGUAGAUCGCGGGUUCAAAUCCAGCAGGGGUUUUUAAAAAUUUUGCAGAUUGCUUUCUACUAAAACUGUGACUAAAUAAAGUAAAUUUGAAAGUUUUCAAUUUCAAAAUAUUGUUGUACAUAUCCUCCACUUUUCAUCCAUAUCAAUUUUCUCUGGUGUAGCAUACCACCUUAACUUUUAUGAACAUCAGAGAAAAAUUAAAUUGUUGCUGCCUUUAGACCCAUUUGUCUGAUUGAUUUGUUUGUUUUAUAAGAAUAUUGCAGUACAUUGUUAAAUUGAUAGUUUGAUAAAUUUUUGUUAAACGUCGAUAUCCAGCAAUACUUACUUGGAAAGCAUAUUUCCUGUGGACACAAGAAUUCUCUUUUAAGGUCAUGUGCGACGUUUCUGCCAUUUAUUUCUAAAACUAUUUUUAUCUCCUUGAUAUGAAGAGUUCUUGUAUGGUUUCUGAAAUAGGCUAAAUUGUUAUAUUGUAGUGAUAUUACCAUACUUUGUAUAUCGGCCUGGUUAAUUCACUCACUAGAUCACCUAACUAGUCAUGCAAGGGUCCUGGGUUGGCUCUCGGAUUGAUCCAGAGAUUUUUUUCCCCUUCUUUGCUACAAUAAUUUAGUAAUAAUGUCCAUAUAUAUAUACAACCUAAUGUAAUAUAUGAGAUUAUUUUUAUAUAUUUUUACUUGCCCCAACAGGAACUAUAAAAUGCUAACUCUAAAACAGACCUGCAUGGUGAUAUACCCCAGGUUAUUUUGUAGAAACAUGAUAGGAUGAAAGAGCAUUGUACUGGAAAUGUCACAAAAAAAUUUGUUACUGAGAAACGUCGCAUAUGACCUAAAAACAGAUAGACAUUAUAUGUACAUUAUAUGUUAUAUAGACAUUAUAUGUACAUUGUAAAAUAGGUUUUUCAUGAUGUAACUGUUUUUGUAUGUUGUAGGAGUUGACUAAUGAAGUUUGUAUUGUUUUUGAUAAUACUUAUAACAGUAAUAGUGCUCACCAAUGUUCAAUGAAUCAUGUUAUCUGUGUUGUGAACAAUACUAGUACACUACUGUAUAGUUUUAAUUCAUUAAUGAUGAAAAUAUUGAAGUUUGUAUUGCUAUGCAAUUAUUCCUAUAAAUUCCUGUACAGACA